AUGUGUUCAUUGUUAAUUCCAAGUAUUUCAACUUCUCAACCAAUAAAACCUUAUCUUUUUGUUUCACCUUCAGCAUUAUGUCUUCCUCUUGUUUGAGUCUUGUUAUGGAAAUUGAUAAUCUUGAGAUCACAGCAGACCCAAACUGGCUUGAACUUCCUAGAGACAUUACAAUGAACAUUCUUCAGAGACUUGAUACUGUUGCGUUAGUGACAAGUGCAUCUGUUGUGUGCCCUCUCUGGUGGAACAUUUGCAAGGACCCUCACAUGUGGACCACCAUUGACAUGAUGAACAAUCUCUCUUUGACACACUCUGAACUUGCAUAUUCUAGUCGACUAGAGAAAAUAUGUCGCUAUGCCGUUGACAGAAGUUGUGGUCAUCUCAAAGACAUUUAUAUUAAAAGUUUUGGGACGGAUGGUGUUCUUCUCCACAUAGCUAACAGUGCAAGUCAAUUGAGAUGCAUACGACUUGAAGGAUGUCAUGACAUUUCAAGUGACGUAUUCAUGGAAAUUGUGACGAAGCAACCAUUCUUAGAAGAGAUUGACAUUUGUCAUUGUUCUAAUUUAAGAACAUAUUUUUUUGAGCAUGUUGGAAAAUGUUGUCCACUUUUGAAGUCACUAAAAUUUAGCCCUUGUAUUGAGGCAGUAGGCGAGAACAAGUCUGACGAUGUUGCAUUUGCUAUUGCAAAAUCAAUGUCUAUGUUGCGCCACCUUACAAUUUUGAAUAACCAACUCACCAACAAUGGAUUACUAGCUGUUCUAGAUGGAUGCCCUCUUCUUGAAUUUCUUGAUAUUCGAGGAUGUCUUCAUAUCAUUUUUGAUAGAAGUUUGGAGAAAAGAUGCAAUACACAGAUAAAAGAAUUACGAUUUCCAACCGAAUAUAUUGCACAUAAGUUUAACUUUGGUGAUUACAUGUACUAUCUACAGUUGAAAUUACGUUUGGUGAUUCUAGAAUGA